ACACUCCUUUAAAGAAAACCGGAAACUAAUUUGUUGAGGAAGAAGUAGUUCGUGACCACCAACAUAUUCAUCACAAUACUGAACUCUUUCUAAAUCCCAACAAUGUCGGGAACGUCUAACAUUGUUGCGAUGAAGAAAAUUGUGCAACAGUUGCGCCUUGAAGCGGGCAUAAACAGAGUCAAGGUGUCCCAGGCGGCGGCCGACCUGCAGCAGUUCUGCCUGCAGCACGCCCAGCAGGACCCGCUGCUCACCGGCAUGUCGUCCAGCAACAACCCGUUCCGGCCGCAGAAGGUCUGCUCCUUCCUAUAGCAGCUCCGCGGGGGCUUUGGAGGUUCUGGUGAUGUGGUGAACUGGACUGUAGGUUCCUUCAUUGUGGACUGGAUUUAACUCAGGAGUGUUAGGGAAUUUGGGCCAAGCAUCUAACUUAAGCCUUUUUGUUGUUUUGCCUUUUUUUUAAAUCUACACAAAUAUUUCCAGGUGCUUAUCUAGCCCAAGGAAUGUCUUAACCUUCUUGGAUAGAACUAACUCCUAUGAACAUGUGUGCCUUUUUUGAAAUUUAUAUUUACAUGCUUGAUUAAAAAUAAAUGGUAUCCCCAUGUUUUAAACUUGUAGCUACAUGUGCUUUACAAACCUACUCUGAAAAUCCAUUUUGUAAGAAGGCAGCUGCACAGAACAGUCUGAAGGCAUUUGCCCAUUUUCAGACAGGCGACUACUGUUGCACUUUUACUCAUAGCUCGCUUUUAUAUGGUUUAACAGAGCAGAUGCAGCAAGUGUCUGUUUGUAAUAUGUAAAAGAAAACGGGCUUUGUGAAGUCUGUUAAAGAGAUGAAACUUAAAUAAAAAGUCUUUAACCUGAA